CUCAGUCACAUUCUGUCUGCGUAUUCACAUUAGGAGUUGAGGUUAUUGCAUUACGGCAUGAAGCUCUGGGCUACAGUCGCUGCUCUUGGGCUCCUGGUAAUAGGGGCAUGGGCACAGGGGGUGAUGCCCACCGUCAGCUUGCUGCCCUGUGACUCCCCAGAGGCCGAAGCAGCGGCUCUGGUGGCACAGGACUUCCUCAAUGCUCAGCACACCCACGGCUACAAAUAUGCCCUUAAUCGCAUUGAGGAAAUCAAGAUCAUAUCCAAGCCAGGUGAAGUGGACACGUAUCUUUUGGAGUUGGACUUGCUAGAAACAACAUGUCAUGUCUUAGAUCCGACACCAGUGAGUCAAUGUCCAGUCAGACAAAAACAAUUUACGGCAGUUGAGGCAGAUUGUGAUUUUGCCCUAUCAAAUACAACUCAAGGUCUGUCUGUUGUGGCAUUCAAGUGUAAAUCAGAGAUUGAGUCAGAGGAGGAUAUAUGUCUAGGCUGCCGUCACCUCAUUCCUUUUAAUGACACAGAUGGCAUUCAGCUCAUUGAAACCUCAUUAGAUGAUUUCAAUAAAAAACAUACAUUAAAUACUAAAUUUGUACUUUUUGAAAUUGGACGAAUGGCAUACCAGGUUGUCAGUGGUGGAAACAAGUACUUUGCAGAAUACGGCAUAAUUGGGACAAACUGCACAAGUCAUGAUGAUGAUAUAUGCAUCCCCCAGAAUCACACUGUUGCUAUCCAUGGCUUCUGUCAAGCUGAAGGUUCUGCCAAACUGAAUAAAGUUGACUGCAGUAUCUUCAACCCAGCCCAAGUUGUAGACCCAGCAACCAAUGCCAAAGGGCCAGUCCAACAACUUCUACAUGCGCAUACUUCUGGACCUCAGCACAACCCAACCAUCCACGGUCUUAAACAUCACAAGCUGACACACCUUCAUGACCCUUCUGCAAGCGGUCUGCUCUCUGCUGAAUCUUCUGAAUCAGCCGAGUUAGUGGUGCCAAAGAAAGCUCCUUUUGUCAAGAGGGAAGUCGCUGAACCAGAAGGGCCAGCCGCCAAUGCAACUGCAGAUGCAGCUGUAGUGGCAGAAAAAACACCCAUUCCUUUUGAGCCAAUACUCCUCGUGCCGAUCUGUCCAGGACAAAAGAAACAUUUCUGAUCUGGUGGUGUUCCAUGAAUUAACCCUUUUAGAUGACAUUGUUUAGGUCCUAAGAUCUUUUAGGGUUUGUCCUGUCGAGUUCUGAGAAUGCCAGCAAGCUAAACACUGAACACAUAUCUACAGUCUAUCAGGAGUAAAUGUUUUAUAUUAAAGCAGGUACAUGUUUUAACAAAACUGGCAUUAUGUUACUGUGCCUGAUUUAUACUGUAAUGCUGCAAUAAAACAUUUACCUUGA